CUUGCCCCUGCUGUGCUCCUCGAAAAGUUUGAAUUUGCUUCAUAAAUGGCGCAGCAGCUCAAGGGCGCGACGCUGCGGCGACUGGUGAACGAGCUCACAAAGCUACAGUCGAGCCCGCCUGAGGGUAUCAGCGAUUGAGGUCGACGAGGACACGCUGAGCGAAAUAUCCGCAGUCAUCGAUGGGACCUGAGGGCACACCGUAUGCUGGCGGCAAGUUCCAUGUGCGCCUAACCAUUGAUAGCAACUUCCCCAAUACACCGCCCAAAGGCGCGUUUCAGGGCGAGAUCUGCGUCAGCACGCUGAAGAAGGACUGGCAAAAGAGCUACGGGAUCGAGCAUGUGCUGGUGACAGUCAAGUGCCUGCUGAUAUACCCAAACCCAGAGUCGGCGCUGAACGAGGAGGCAGGCAAGCUGCUACUCGAGCACUACGAUGACUACGCAAAGCAUGCCAAGCUGAUGACGGAAGAUCCACGCACAGAAGCAACCCCCGCCGAGCCGGCGACGAAGAGGGCGAAGAAGACCCUGACGGCUAAGGAGCGGAGCAAGAGGAACCUCCGGCGAUUUUAGAGCCGCUGGUUUUAAACCCCAGCAUGCUUGAUCAGGCGAUCAGAUCCAGAUGGGCGGCUUUUGCAGAUAAGAGGGCAGGAGUGACUGGGUCUGUUUCGGUUCUCGCACUCUGAAUUGGCCUGGCAAGUCGAACACUUUCCCCCUUUAGCUACAUACACUUUUUCCUUAUAUUAUACACAUUCUCAGUUUCGCAAGGAUGCCGCACCUGCCGCCCCUCGUUACCCGCACGUCCGCUUCGCUGGCGGAGGCUCGCACACGCUCGAUUCAGCUGU